GGAAACAACUUUCUUUUUUUUUAAAUUAAAACUGAAGAAGAUGAAGAACCCAAAUGCUGUGAAAGGGUUCUAAGAAGGUUUAAAUUCAUAAUAUUUCAGAUUCUGUCUUCCGGGGCUCUGUAACUUGAAUAUAGCGAUUGCAGAUGAAUUUUGGGACAUGAACAUUGUGAAGGAAGACAAAAUUGAACUACUCUGAGGACGUUUUUGAAGGGUUCUUCUCAAAUAGACCUUUUUCCUGCGAUUAGUAGGGCUUCUUCUCAAGUAGCCCUGCUACUCCAAAGGGUAGCACUCCAAUUUCUCUGAAGGGUUCUUCUCAGAAGGAAAGGCAAGACAUCUUUUGGCAUCUAUUUUCCAGAAAAUGGCAAUGAAACCAUCUAAUAACAUCUGGAUUCGACGCCAGCAGUGUCCUUGUGGUGAUUGGAAGUGUUAUAUCAAGUAUGAAGGAGAUGAUCAGACAUCAGCAGCCUCUCAGCUAGUAAAGAGUGAGGCAACUCCAACAUCGUCAUCAUCAGAAGCUGUCUUUACACCUUAUGUGGGUCAAAUAUUCAAGAGUGAUGAUGAUGCUUUUGAAUACUACAGCAACUUUGCUCGGAAGAAUGGAUUUUCAAUAAGAAAAGCGCGCUCAACUGAAAGCCAAAAUUUAGGGAUCUAUAGGCGAGAUUUUGUCUGUUAUCGGUCUGGAUUUAAUCAACCAAGAAAAAAGGCCAAUGUGGAGCAUCCCAGGGACCGAAAAUCAGUGCGAUGUGGAUGCGAUGCUAAACUGUAUUUGACAAAAGAAAUUGUUGAUGGCAUUACUCAAUGGUAUGUUUCACAGUUUAGCAAUGUUCAUAACCAUGAAUUAUUAGAAGAUGACCAAGUACGUUUGCUUCCUGCAUAUCGGAAAAUACAGGAAGCAGACCAGGAGAGAAUUCUUUUACUCUCCAAAGCUGGUUUUCCUGUCAAUCGCAUUGUUAAGGUGUUGGAAUUAGAAAAGGGAGUUCAACCUGGACAAUUGCCAUUUAUUGAGAAAGAUGUUCGGAAUUUUGUUAGAACUUGUAAGAAGACUGUUCAAGAAAAUGAUGCUUUGCUUACUGAGAAAAGAGAAAAUGAUACAUUGGAGCUUCUUGAAGCCUGCAAGUCUAUGACAGAGAGGGAUGCGAAUUUUGUUUAUGAUUACACUACAGAUAAAAACCAUAAGGUUGAAAAUGUUGCAUGGUCAUAUGGAGACUCUGUUCAUGCAUUCAUGGUGUAUGGGGACGUUGUUACUUUUGACACUACCUAUUGUUCUAUCACAUAUGGUUUGCUUCUUGGAGUGUGGUUUGGUAUUGAUAAUCAUGGAAAGGCAAUUUUCUUUGGGUGUGUCUUGCUGCAAGAUGAAAGCUCUGAGUCAUUUACCUGGGCAUUACAGUCUUUCAUUCGAUUUAUGGGAGGGAAGCGUCCACAGACAAUUAUAACAGAUGUAGAUUCAGGCCUUAGAGAUGCUAUAGCUAGGGAAUUACCAGAUACAAGACAUGUUAUCUGUUUAUGGCAUAUUCUUUCCAAAUUAUCAAGUUGGUUUUCUCUACCACUUGGAUCACAAUAUGAAGAUUUCAAAACUGAAUUUGAUAUGCUGUGUCACCUGGAGGGCAUAGAGGAGUUUGAGCAUCAGUGGAGUCUCUUGGUUGCUCGUUUUGGACUUGCCUCAGAUAAGCACAUAGCUCUACUAUUCUCAUAUCGAGCAUCCUGGCCAUUGUCAUAUAUUAGGGGUUACUUUCUUGCUCGUACCAUGACAGCUGAGUUUUCUCAGUCUAUGGAUGCAUUCUUGAAAAGAAUCUUGAGUGGACAGACUUGUUUGCAAGUAUUCUUUGAGCAGGUUGGUCUUACUGCUGACUUCAGGAGUCAUUCCAGAGAAGGGAUGCAAUAUAUGCACAUGAAGACAUGUUUACCAAUUGAAGAACAUGCACGCAAUGUUACUACACCUUAUGCCUUCAAUGUGUUACAACAUGAAAUUGUUCUGUGCAUGCAAUAUGCAACAACAGAAAUGGCAGAUGGAUCAUAUCUAGUGCGGCACUAUAAGAAAAUGGAUGGGGAGUGUCUUGUGUUUUGGAUUCAAGAAGAUGAGCAAAUUCACUGUUCAUGCAAGGAAUUUGAACAUUCUGGAAUGUUGUGUAGACAUUGCCUUAGAGUACUGUUAGUAAAGAACUACUUUCAAAUCCCAGAAAAAUAUAUUCUGCCCCGGUGGCGUUUGGAGAAUUCCUUAGUUCCUUUUGAAGAUCAAACUGCACAAAGCAGCAGUGACGAGUGUGCCCAAGCAUUUCAUUCUCUUGCAUCAGCAUUAUUGACAGAAUCAUUGAUUUCAAAGGAGCGUUAUGGUUAUGUUCAUAGAGAACUUUCCCGAGUCCUUGAUCAUGUUAGGAACAUGCCAAAUUAUGAUGAGUUUGCUUUGAAUAUGACUGCUAACAAUGUCAAUGAAUCUUAGCUCUAUGUUUUCGCGGAAUGGUGGCUAGUAAAUGCAAUGGGAUGCCCAAUGAUCUUGAGAUUUUUGUGACAUUUGGAAGAUGAAAGUGAAAAGGCUCUGAAGGCACCAAAAAGAUAAGUAAUUUGAUGUUAAUAAUAUUGUGGCAUUGAACACCAUACAGAGGCUGUGAAAUACAAUUUGUUCUUUUUGUUCUUUCUAGGCUUCUCUUGAUUCCUGGUUUCCAGGUGGUAACAAUUUUUUCCAUUAAUUUACUCUGUGCUGGGAAAACUUGGCUACUCCCUGAUGUAAAAGGCAUUUUGUUGUAGAUAUCCAACUAUUUAAUUGGGAGGGAGGGAUCACAGAAUUGAGAAGAAAGUAUAUUUCCUUUGAGAGUAAUUUUACCUUGAUAUAAAAGGAUGCUAUACGGUGAGAAAUUCUUGAUACUGCAAUGUUCAAGGAUGAAAAGCAUUCUUCAUCUAUUUCAUCGUGUAGUUCGUUUCCUGGAUGAAAAGCAUCUAGGUUAUUGAACACAAAUGUUCCUGCAUAGUGAUUGUGUUUUCAGAGCCAAAUGGGGUUCUCCAGACUUCUGUAAGCCAAAUUAUAUUUCAAUUAUCCAUCGUUACUGUGAAUUAUUUUGUUGACUAAUAACUAUAUAUUGCUUCAUUUGUGAAUUUGAAUUGCAAUGGGAAUAAAUUAUUUUGUUACCA